CCCGCGGGAUGACGUGCGGGUGGCGUCGUGGCCCCGCCCCCCGGAUGCCCGUCUCGUCUAGGAUCGUUGGUCCUGUCGUUGUCGGGGUGUCUGACGGACGUCUCCAUCCCGACCUGGCGUCCGGCCGCCCAGGACGCGAAGGUGUGUCUGUAUUCUGAGUGGUGAUUGUGACUCGGUUUCAUGAAUGGCUGACAUUUCAGACAUGGAAGAAGAAUUGGUGCUGAUUGACAAUGAGAUGAAGGCCUUGGAGCUCCAGAUACAGGAACUACUGGAAAGACAGCAGGCUCUACAGGAGAGGAAGCAGCGACUGAACAGAAAGAUCAAGAAGCUGACGGGGGAUGGUGAUGCCAGUUCGAGUAAAGCACCAGGCACAUCUCCAGAGGACUGGGAUAAGAAAGAUUUCCCAUGGUCCCAGAAAGUUGACGAGACUCUGAAAAAUGUCUUUGACCUGCAGUCGUUCCGACCUCUGCAGCUCCAGGCCAUCAAUGUUACCAUGGCAGCGAAGGAUCUGUUCCUCAUAAUGCCCACCGGCGGCGGGAAGAGCUUAUGCUACGAGCUGCCAGCUGUCUGCUCCCCCGGAUUCACUUUGGUCAUCUGUCCAUUGAUCUCAUUGAUGGAGGAUCAACUAAUGGUUCUUGAACAACUGAACAUCUCGUCCACCAUGUUGAACUCCACCAGCACAAAGGAACAUGUGAAGUGGGUUCAUGACGAGAUGCUCAACAAGUCCUCCAAGCUGAAGCUUCUGUACGUUACCCCAGAGAAGAUUGCCAAGAGUAAGGUCUUCAUGUCCAAGCUGGAGAAGGCCUACCAGGCGGGUUGCCUGACCCGUAUUGCCGUGGAUGAAGUCCAUUGCUGCAGUCAGUGGGGCCAUGAUUUCAGGCCUGACUACAAGAGCCUCGGUAUCCUGAAACGUCAGUUCCCAAAUGCCCCGCUGAUCGGACUGACAGCAACAGCAACAAACGAUAUCCUGGAGGAUGUGAAGAAAAUCCUGUGCGUUCAAAGAGGCAUCACCUUUACAGCUUCCUUCGACAGACCCAAUCUGUUCUACGAGAUCCGACAGAAACCAGCUCGUUUUGAAUCAUGCAUUGAAGAUAUGGUCAGAGUCAUCAACUCGCGUUACAAAGGGAAAUCAGGAAUCAUCUACUGUUUUUCCCAGAAAGAUACCGAGCAGGUUACCAUGAGCCUCGAACAGCUUGGCGUUGCGGCUGGCUGUUACCAUUCCAACAUGGAGCCCUCUGUGAAGAGUAAAGUUCAUAAGGACUGGAGUUUGAACAAAAUACAGGUUGUGGUGGCGACGGUGGCAUUUGGCAUGGGCAUCGAUAAGGCCAACGUUCGAUUUGUUUUUCAUCAGUCCCUCAGCAAAUCCAUGGAGAACUACUACCAAGAGAGCGGGCGGGCAGGUCGAGAUGACCUUAAAGCUGACUGCAUUCUGUACUACGGAUUUAUGGAUAUAUUCCGGCAGAGCACAAUGGUCGUUAUGGAGAAUGUAGGCCAACAAAAGCUUUACGAGAUGGUGGCAUACUGUCAGGAUUCGAAAAGGUGCAGACGGGUGCAGAUAGCACAGCACUUUGAUGAAGUCUGGGAUUCAACAAAGUGCAACAAGAUGUGUGACAAUUGCAACUGUGAUGCAGCUUUGGAGAAGAUUGAUAUAACCAGUUAUUGUUCCGAUUUGAUCAAAAUACUGAAGCACGCUGAACAACUGGAUGAAAAGCUCACUCCACUGAAGUUGAUUGAAGCUUGGAAUGGGAAAGGUCCAUCCAAGCUAAGGUUAACCUCGAUAAAACCUCCCAAUCUGUCCAGGAAUGAAAUGGAGGAUGUGAUUGUGCAUCUUCUUCUGCAAGAAUACUUGAAAGAACAGUUCAGCUUCACUGCAUUUGCAACAAUUUCAUACCUGAAGGUGGCACCAAGGGCAAAUCUGCUGAGCAGUGAGAAGCACGUUGUUUCCAUGCAAAUGCGAGUGAGAACUAACAAGAUUAAACCGACAGCUAUGGAAGCAGCAGACGUCGCAGAUGCUAAAGAGUGUGGGAACAAGCGUCCUGCCACAGAAACUGUCACGGGCAACAGGAAGAGUAAAGUGGCCAAGGUUUCCACAGUUAUCCAAGAUUGAUUCACUCUUAUUUGAAGGAAGGAAGCGUUCCGUGAAUGCGGUGGAUCAGGGGUGGGAGAGGGGAGGUACUGGAGACAGCUCGACAGCUUUCAGCAGAGGCACAAUGUCCAAGACAUGAACCGCAACAACAAAUGUCUAAACCACUGCUUUCGUAUCUACAGUCAUCACAAGAGUGCACGACUGAGGAUGAAUAUCGGAGCUUAGUGUAAGAACGGGAACGCCGUUCUUUCAAGGAAAGGAAUCGUCACUGAUGUUCCUGUGAAAUGUAGUUGCGUUUAUCAUGAAGGCACAAAUUGAAAGUUUAUAGAAGCCAGGCGCUUUUGUUUUUUGUGAUAAGUAAGUCCACAGCAAGGAUUGUAGAGGCUGGGUGGACAGGUUUUAAAACUGUACCCGAGGAUUUGUAAAGCACAGGGACCAGCUCAAAAAUUUUUUUUUUUAUAUAAGCGAUGCGAAAACACGCAUAGAAUUUCAAACAAGAUGGAAGCCAAUGAGACCUGAAAUGUAAAAGAUGUCUUGUCCGAAAAAAUAUUUGCUAAAUGGAUAUGUGUAUUUUCACUGCUCACACCCUCUCCCCAGAAUAAACUUUCACCCGAAUCCA